AUGUUCCGAGCAGACUUGAAGCGUACGCUAUCCGCAAUCUCAGAAAUCCCCGAUGCUCUUUUGCGAGCAGAGCUUCUUCGGCGAGAUGGAGCUUCAGACGAUACCCCAGCAUGCGGAUCUAAAGAGCGUGGGGCCUAUAACACCCCGUUACAUGUUAUGGCAUUGUUCCUCAUCCUUGGACUGAGCACAUUUGCUUGUUCUUUUCCCGUUCUAGCGCGCCGUUUCCCUGGUCUCCCGAUUCCCCGUCGGUUCCUCUUUAUAUCAAGACAUUUUGGAACAGGUGUAUUGAUUGCAACCGCCUUCGUCCAUUUACUCCCCACAGCAUUCGUCUCCCUGACCGACCCAUGUCUCCCUCGAUUCUGGAGCCAAACAUAUCGUGCUAUGGCAGGAUUUGUUGCAAUGAUAGCUGUAUUUGCAGUCGUUAUUGUGGAAAUGUUCUUUGCGAUGAAAGGCGCAAAGCACGUGCACGGAAGUGAAUAUGAUAAUCUCAUUGGCGAGGAUACGCGUGACUCAAUAAGGGAUGGGGGAGAUCCAGAUGAUUACUCAAAUCUAGAGGCCCGGCAGGUUUCAGAUAAUAUCAAUCUAGAUAGCAUGGACAACUCCAAGUUCAGGGCAACGAGAGCUUCCGGCUCGGACCGUGAAUUGGAUCGUCUUGAUCUGACAGCCACGUCACCGGAUAAAGUGGACGAUGUGGAUGACCUUGAUGGACUGGAUGACUACAUGGAUAAUGACGCACUUAUCAGCGGACAGGCUCCUGCGCAGUCACAGUCUGUCCACCGGCAUCGAUCCCGGGGAAGCGAAAGCCACCGGCAGCCGACCGACACAGACAUGCCGAUCCAGAAUCCACAACGACAGCUUCUACAAUGCCUUCUCUUGGAAGCUGGCAUUUUGUUUCACAGCAUCUUCAUCGGCAUGGCGCUUAGUGUUGCGACUGGCACGUCCUUUGUUGUCCUGCUAAUUGCAAUCAGUUUUCAUCAGACCUUUGAAGGUUUCGCCCUUGGGUCGCGGAUUGCAUCGCUAAUACCGGAUCUCUUCGCUCCAAAUUCCAUGAAGCCAUGGCUUAUGUCACUGGCAUACGGAACGACAACCCCCCUUGGCCAAGCUAUCGGUUUGGUUCUACACAAUCUCUACGACCCUGCCAGCGCAACAGGUCUGCUCAUGGUUGGCAUCACGAAUGCCAUUAGCAGCGGUCUUUUGCUCUUCGCGGGCCUGGUGGAACUCCUCGCCGAGGACUUCUUGAGUGAGCCAAGCUAUGAGACCCUCAAGGGUAGACGACGUGUUGAGGCUUGUGUGUCCGUUGCCUGCGGCGCUCUCCUUAUGGCAUUCGUCGGGGCCUUUGCUUAA